AAGAUAUUUUAGUGCGACAACUGUAUUGAUUUAACUCCUGCUAAUGCAAACAAAGUGUAAAAGAACAGAGAGCAAGCAGGGAAAUAUCAUGAUUUGGGGCUUAAAGCACAGCCACGGGAUUAAACCCAAGUAUCAAAUGAUACCAUUCACUUCAUUUCUCUGACAUUGGGCUAUAAAUUUGCAGUGGUUCAUGGUAGCAGGCUUUUGCAGCAGCCUGGUUGGUAUUGAAGAUGUUAGAGGGCAAAGGUGUGGUCCGCGAAACAGACAUGGCAGAGGUGAUCCAAGGCCAUGGCCUUGCCUUGGCUUACAAAGCACUUGAUCAACACGAAGUAUCCGACUCUCAAUCCAUUGCACGUUUCAUCAAACAGAGGUUGGACGAAGCUUAUGGGCCGGCAUGGCAGUGUGUGGUGGGCAAAGCGUUUGGAGGCUGCAUUACCCAUGUAUGUGGUACCUUCAUCUUCUUCCAUGUGGAUACCAUGGAGUUCCUCAUCUUUAAAGACGCAACAGACUGCUUCAAAAGCCUUCAACACACCCUUGGAGGGCUUCCCCACAAAGCUUAAAUCUUUACACAAACACAUUUCUGCUACCACUUCUGUAUAACUUUACCUAUAACAACAGUUGAAUAAAAAAAUCAUCUCCAUCUCUUCAUACAA